CGCUCCUGCAGUGUUCUCAGCCACGCUUCGCCAAUCACGACCCUCCUCUACACGCCAUUCCCUCCACGCUGCCUCGACUGAGCGAAACAACGACCUGACGCUCCAGUCUCUGGGUCUCCCGUUUGUGAGUUUGGGAUCCUGGACCUGCGUCUCCAAUCAUUUCUCGACAUCGUCGACAGCGCAUCGAUGCGUUCUGCCGCCCUGUCGAGCUGGGCCUGCUGUUGCGGUCGAAUGAAUGCUUGAUACGUUGUCCCCCAGAGUGAGCUGGAGCCCAGUCAAUCGUGAAGAUCCUGGUAGGGCGCCACCCAGCAGCCUACCAUGGACAGCACUGGCAGCGACAUGGAUCAUAGGGACCACGACUACGAUGAGGCCCGCCAAGAUCUCGACCUCCGCCAUCAGCACCGAUUCCAGCAUUUUCACCCCGACCUGACAUUCGAUCACGAUCCGAGCUCCCGCUCGGGAUACGCACACGACGACAACUUCGCCUCGACAGACACUCAUGACCAUCAUGCGUCCAGUGCUAUAGACCCGGACGACCGCUACUUCAACGACCAAAUGGCCUCGUCUUCCGUUCCGCGUCCGUCGUUGCGCUCGAAUGGCGACGGAACGACCCCGAGGCAUCCAGUCGUCUCCCCGAAUCGAAGUCUGCCCAGGCCAAACAAUGCUCGAUCAGCGUCAAAUCCAGUGGCAGCGACAACGACUGCCAAAGUCCGCCCUAACCCUAACGGCAAGCCGAGCGUCAAGGACCUCAAGAAGCGAUUCGAUCAGAGUGGAAAUGGCUCUUCGAUCCCUCGUACCCCCGGGACUCGCACCGACAAUGCGUCAGGGCCACGGGUGCAGACGACGUGGAAAGGUGGUGAGGGUGCCAACUCAUAUGCGAGCGUACGAAGCGGAGGAUCAGAGCCAAACUCGAGCGAUUCGAAAGCGCGAAGUCAACGACCUAAGUAUCUCGCGGAAGAUCAUAUCUCCAGCAAUGCUCAAUCAUUUGCCAGCCGCGUGGCCAAGCCUCGAGCUUCCGGCAAUGGCGCCAACUCAAACGCUUCGCCGGCAAUGGUUCAACGAUCUCCUCAGACGCCAUCGCAUCCGACGCAGCCACCUCCGGCUUUGACACCCACUACAUUACCGCCUCAGGGCCUGCUAUUUGGCGAGAUUCUCCCGGACCAAUACGAUACAUCGGCACUAGGGUUUGGCAUUGAGAGUAUUCGUCCCCGACGUGGCUCUGGCCCUGACACACGCGGCUCGUGGUCCCAUCAACGAAGCUUGUCAGAUCCGUAUGUCGAACUGCCAUCCGCAGACGCCUGGUACGAACAGAUAAGCCCAGUUGAGGGCAUACGCCACCACGAAGCGUCUCAACCACCAGCGCCGAAGAGCCACGGGCGGUCCCUCAGCGAUGUCGCGUCGCAGAAAGCUCCGCAGCUUCCUUCGAGAAAAGGCGCCACCCGAAUACCAACCUCUACAUCGCAAACUCAGAAUACAACUUCGAGACUUCCCUUGUCUGUAAGGCAACUAAGUACACCGGGGGACUCUUCUAGUGCAGACUCCACCAGAUCCAACUCCCCUGCCACGAGCAGACGACCGUAUGCGAAUGGAAGGGCUUCAAGGGCAACCACUCCGACGGCACGAUCUAAGGCACCGACCUCGCGAGCGAAAACGCCCACUCAACCGGCUGGUAGCGGGAGGAGGAGGGCACCGCCCGGGUUGCCAACGCCCAACAGCAAUACACGACUGCAGGCGUAUAUUGCUGCCCCACCACCGAAACUGUCACCACCGUUACGAAGCUCGAGACCUAGACAGCCAGUGUCCAUGGCGACCACAGCAAGCUCACGGUCGAAAGCGAUAGAUAGACCGCCGCGGACGACAGUUGCGACGUCAAGAGCUUCGUCGAGAGCGGCACAGGAGCCAGAAAGCCGCCGCCGAAAGGUGUCGAUAGGACCAAUAGACUUCGAACAACGACGAGAGCACAUACGUCUCGCGUACAGUAAGUCUGUGCGCGAGAGCCAAGCUCUCGAAAGUCGUAAACGGGCGGCGGAUAGGAGGCGGCGGGAGCUCGAGGCGGCCACACAAGCGCAAGCAGCAACCCAGUCUUCAUCAGCAGCCCCUUCUCCGUUAGCACGCGAGACGUCGACUGCUGAACCUGAAUCACCAAGUGAUGAUACGCCAGUCGAGCACCGGCCGCACGUCCAGGCUGCGUUGGAUGCGGUGAUUCUUACCGAGUCGCCGGUAGAUGUGGAUUUCGCCCGUCCUGAGACAAUGGCCGCUCCUUCUGAGGAAACGAUUCAGCCAGAGGAGUCGUCUGCUGCGCCUCACAGAUACCCAGUUCUCGAAACGCCCCCAAUGGACGUGCCCGGUAGCUUUCCCGCCUUCAGCCCGCAAACUGAUAGAGACGAGCCACCGCUUUCAGCUGUAUCGGCAACCACAGAGACUACCGAAUUCGACGUUGAACCACAAGACGAACCUUCUAGGCCUGCUACACCACAAUCCGACACAGUGCCUUUUACAAUCAAACCACCAAGCCCCCAGCAGCUGGCGCCUGUUCGUUCGCGUUCCGAGUACUACUCCCCGUUCGAAGACGAUCUUCAUUCCCCAUCCGUCGACAGCGACAGCCACGAGCCUGUCCAGGUUUCUCGGGUCUCAACGGUCUCAGCAGGCUAUGACGAUGAGAACAGCAUGUCACCAGUGGCCGCGUACGAGGAAAGGUUUAGGAUGGAUCGCGAACAGCCACCACCAAUGGCAAGCUCGUUUAGCACAACUGUCACAAUACUGCCACCUCAGCAUGCAGCUGAUAGCGAGACUAUACCUUUCCCUCGGCUCGACAUGCAAGACGAUUCGGACUGCCACACAGACCUCGACGACACAGCGGACCCUGCGCGCAAUUCAGCGUAUGGUUAUGACAACGCUACGGACACAUGCACUGAGGACGCUGAUGACCACCUUCCCCUAGACGACUGUCAAUCGGAGUCGCAGUGUGACGAUCAUCGUUCAUCGCAGAUCCUGUCGUCUUGCGCCACUUCAGACGCUGGUGAUGUUGGGUACGAGCCCAACGUGACCGAGCCCACGACCCUCUUGGUUCCCCCAUCAUGGUCCAACCGCAUCAGCCAGCAUUCGCAAUGGACAGAUCUUACUGUAGACAGCCCGUACCCGUCGAGUUUUGAUCAAUCACCCAACCUGGACGAUCCAGAAGAGUCACCGACGUAUGGGCACGUUACCAUCUUCGGGUCACAAGUCAUAGGCCGCGGCAGCGACCCUGGAACGCGCGGAUCAGAACACGAUUCGCCCCAUGCGCAACAGUCUCACACGUCGAUCGAGCCCCAGAGAUCUAGCACCCAGCAGUUGCCAAACGUUGAUGUUGGUGACGACUUUACGAUACCGUAUCUUUCAGAAAAUCCGGCGCGCAGCGCACCCAAUAUCGGCUUGCCUGAACAUGAGCCGCCACCUGUUCCCACCCCUGCCUCAGGCUCCCUUCUGAUGUCCAGUCGGUCCAGCGGCUAUGAUGAUCAAUCACAGUACGGGAGCACAAGACUGGCCUCAGGCCAUGGAAGCGAAGAAUUCAUGUCACAGCUUGAAACGCCACGCACGAUUGACACCAACUCCGUUGGCACACCGGACCAGUACUUUGGCGCCCCCUCAUACGACAGUGCAGCGACAAAGGUCGUUGUAGCAAAUGGCGACGAGUUGCCAGAAAAGGAGCGGCAUCGACUUGUCCAGCGCCGCAACGUUAUCAAGGAACUUGUGGACACUGAGGCGGUCUUUGUGCGCGAUAUGAACAUCGUGGAGGAGAUCUACAAAGGAACAGCCGAAGCAUGUCCCAAGCUUGACGACAAGACUGUCAAGCAGAUCUUCCGAAACACCGACGAGAUCAUUUCGUUCCACACGCAUUUCUUGGCACAGGUCAAAGACGCGGCUGCCAAUGUCUACGUCAUGAAGUCUGGGCGAUCAUCAUCGUCGCGAGAUGACGGGAACGAGAGUUCAAGCAAGGCUGAGACCAGCGAUGCACAGGAUCGUACUGUGCUCCUCGGGCCCCUGUUCAAGAACAAUAUUGAGCAGAUGAAGACAGCCCAUGAGGGCUUCCUGCGAAGCAGUGAUCAGGCUGCUAAACGUCUCAUACAGAUCCAGCAGGACCCAACCGUCAAGGUCUGGCUCAACGAGUGUAAUGAGGUCGCCAAGGACUUGACAGCGGCGUGGGACCUGGAUUCGCUGUUGAUCAAGCCCAUGCAGCGUAUCACCAAGUAUCCAAACCUGAUCAUAACGAUCCUGCAACACACCCCGCAGGACCAUCCCGAUCGAAAAGAACUGGUGGCAGCGAAAGACAUUAUUGAAAACGCCAUCAUUGAGAUCAACAAGACCAAGAAGAAUUUCGAGCUGGUUGGCCAGAUCGUUGGGAGGAAGCGCAAGGAGUCCGACGGCAAGAGCGGCUUCGCACGGGCAUUUGGAAAACGCGUGGACAAGCUACAAGCCCCGGGCGCGAGAAUACCCGAGGAUCCCGAAUAUGCCAAGCUUCAUGAGAAAUUUGGCGAUGACUACUUGCGCCUGCAGGUGGUCCUCAGAGACGUCGAAUUCUACACUCGCCAGAUUUCUACCUACGUGAGGGAGUUCCUGCAGUAUCUCUCUUCCGUUGAGCUUGUCAUGAGGAUUCAACCGGGCGGGCAUCCUGAGCUGGAGAGCAAAUGGGUGCAAUUCAACAUUUCGAUACGUGAUAUUGAAAAGAUAGCACUCGAGGAGCACCUGGCACAAGUUCGCAAGCAAGUGAUCGAGCCUUUCGAACUAGUCAUCAAGGCCUACGGCAACCCCUCGCUUGCCAUGAAGAAGCGGCAGAAGCGACGCCUCGACUACGAACGGAAUGAGCAACUGAAGCGCGCCGGCAAAAGCCCAGAUUCAAAGUUGAAAGAUCUGGUGGAAGAAUAUGAAGCUCUCAAUGAUACUCUCAAGAAAGAGCUGCCGGCGCUGUCCCGGAGUACAGUGGAGAUUGGGAAUCUGUGUCUGGUACGGUUUGUGGACAUACAGACCAAGUGGUUUCGCAUUUGGAAGGAAAAGAUGAAGGCAGUGCUCAAGGACAAUGAGGACAUGCCCGACCUGGACGGAAUUGUUAACACGUUCCAACGAGAAUUCCCUUAUGUGGAGGAGCAGCUAGCCAGCAUUGGCAUCCUCAACCCAACCACAUGGAGCAGACCAUCCAUGUCGACGUUUGCAAGCACAGACGAUGCGUUGUCGCGGAAGACAAGGUCGCCCAGGCCGUCGGAUGUUGAUACGAUGCGAAGCCGGGGCCUGUCCACAACCACAGACUCGGCCCCUUCGCUCCCGACGCCUGACUUUAUGAAGCGCGAAAGCAGUACGUCUUCGAUAUCUCCGGUCGCACCCAAGAACGUCGCAAGCCCCUACCAGUACAAUUACCGGGACUACUACGCCGGAUUCCCUCCGGCCACGGCUGGCUCGUCGGCUGCCGUCACACCGGAAGUAUCUGGCAGCUCGCGAUCCGUUCUCGGCGGGACCUCGACACGACCCAGCACCGGACGCAGCUUCGACUCGGGUGCGAUUCCUCGGCAGAGCAUGGAGUCGCAAUCGCAGUAUCGCCGCGACUCGAGUGCCACGUACAACUCGUCCACAAUGCCGCAAGAAGGUCGCCGAUUCUCUGGGCUCUUCCACUCGGCCUUGCCUCUUCCUGACGGGCCGGAGGAAAACAAGCCAUCGUCGUCGAGAGCAUCAUCUAUGGAUCGCGGUACGGCUCAUGAUGGGUAUAACGUACUAUGGCUCGCCGCAUCCCUAUUUGAGUUCAACAUUGCGACGACAAAGCACGAAGCCGGCUAUCCCUAUUUAAUAUACCAGGCAGGCGAGAUUUUCGACGUGAUUGCCGAAAAGGGUGAGCUCUGGCUUGCCAAGAACCAGGACGAUGCCAGUGAACAGGUCGGCUGGAUCUGGUCCAAGCACUUUGCCAAGUUGGCAGACUCAUGAAUGCACAUACUUCACGAACAGCGAGCGCAGCAUGUCCACGAUACCAAUUGCAGCAAAAGAAACCCACCUCAGGACGGGUGGUUCAUCACCAUAUUCUCUCACGCAGCGAUGUACAGCGUCACACAAACUCACGACAACAGCUUUUGCGGUUCUUCAGACAUAUUCAAGCCUCUUUGAUGCUGU